AUGUAUAUUGUUAUCAAAUCCUUUCAAGGACCCCUGUCCAAGCCAUUGGAGGCGCUGUUUGGUACCCGCAUCGUGGUCAUAGUCUGCGGAUUCCUCUUAGGGGCGUCUGUUAUCGCCUCGUCCUUCUUGACCAGCGCUAUCCAGAUGACACUUGUCCUAUCCUUAUUCGCUGGGCCUGGCUUGAUGAUCACCAAUGUUUUGUCAAGAGCUUUGACGGGUCGUUAUUUCACCACGAACUAUGGGACGGUGAAUGGCAUUGGGACUGCAGGAGAUGCAGUGGGCUUGGUUUCCUUUGCCCCAUUGACACAAGUGCUUUUAGACACCUACGGUUGGCGAGGUGCCUUGCUACUGCUUGGGGCUAUAAGCAUGCAUCUUGGUGUAUGUGGCCUCCUGUUAAGGCCAUCACCAACAUCUGCAGAGGGGCGGGACGACUACCUGCCAAUCGUCCAAAGUGAAGAGGAACCAUUGGUAGACGAAUCGGCAAACCCCAAUGCUGAAAAGAUACCAAUCCUCUGCAUCCUGAAGGACGCUGUGAUUGCUCUGGGGAAUAGUUUAGGCUGUGCGGUGUGCAGUCGCGGCGCAUUCUGGAUAGCGUGGCUUGUUUCCGCCUGCCAUGUGUUCGUGGGCAGCCUAUGGCUGAUAUACUUCGUCGCUUACGCCGAGUCGAAAGGUUUCUCUGGAUACGAAGCUGUUACAUUCACCACUUGUGCUGGGAUAGGGAGCUUGGUUUUCAAGGUUUUUAAUGGUUAUGUCGUGGACCAAGGUUGGAUCGAGCUACGAUGGGCCUUGCUAAUUUUAAUCAUAAUUUCUGGCUUGGCUCUAUUCCUGCUUCCCUUGUUGAGCUCUUACUGGUUAAUGAUUGUCAACGCCUUCAUCUUCAAUGGUUGCGUGGGAGGGCUAUCAUCAAUUGGUGACAUUUACACCCGGGAACUGCUGGGGGCUGAAGACCUGGUGUCGGCUUUCAGCUGGAUGGACCUUAUAACAGCAAUCUUUCAAAUUUCUUUGGGAUUCUUCCCUGGUUGGAUAUUUGACCAGACUGGGAGAUACGACGAGGCUUUUGUCAUCUUGGGAUUCAUCUCACUUCUACCGUUGGUGUCGCUGCUCGUGGAAAAGUUACUCAGCCGAAGGAAGGAGUAAUAACAUCCGUGAAUAUUACGAUUGUCCACAGCAUGAGUACAGGCUCUAUGAUUUGGAAUUCGUAAUGCUUGAAACACUACGUUAAGGACACAUAACGUGUAUUUAGUGUCGCAUGCAUAUCAGGACAAAACUCAGCAGCAAGCGGGUAGCCUAUGCUGUGAACGACCUCUAGUUGAUGUCACAUAUCCCCAUCAUUUACUGCGAAUACAAUGGAAAAAGGUAAAUGUAACGUCUAAUCAUAAUAAAUGUAACUAAGAUAUGUGGCUCUUCUUGAAAACAAACACCUUGAUGGAUCUAACGUUCAGCGUGUCCAUGCAGUCAACACGCUUUCUACGUAUACGAGGGGCAGGAACAUUUGUGUCCCUUCCGUGAAAACGCAAAAUGCAAUUAUCGAGAUUUUGGCCCCUAACAAACUGAAAUCGGAACAAAAUGCUAUUUUCGACAUGUGUGGCUCGUCAUGAAAGCAGUGACGAAUUGAGAUCUUCUGUCCCCCUUUGAGCAAUACUACCUUAAUGGAUACUAAUGUAGCCUAUAGGCCCUCGCUCUGGUAUAGCUCAUACUCCCUCAUUUGUUAGAAACUAGAAAUAUUAUCCGUAGGUUUUUCAAGAUACCCUGUUAUUUUAUGGAGGCAUUGUCUUAGAAACGUUUUAAUGAAUUUUUAAUGACAUUGGAAGGUUAACAUUGGCGGGACGUCUCUUAACGUUUAAUUAGCAUUAAAUUAACAUUAAAUUAUGUUUAAAUGGCAGUGUUGUCAUAAUAUUUCAAAUUGUGCUAUAGCAACAUGGUCUUACAAACAUUUUCAUGACAUUUUGGUAAUUUUUUACAAAACGUUUGUUUUUAUGAAGUCAUAUUUACCUCAAUGUUCAAGAACGUUAACAAAAUGUUCAUAUAAUAUUAUGUAUGAUAUUUGUUCAUCAUGUUAAGUACAGUUUUCUAAACACAUUCUAUCGACAUCAUUAUACUGGAACUUUCAAAUAAGUGCAAUUACUAUGAUGGUUUAAUUUAAAAAUACGAAAUCUACUAAAAUAUAGGCCUACUUCGCGUUCUGAACGUUAAGAGGUUGAAUUGACUUAUUUAAACGUGAGCAACUGUGCUGUUGCCUCAAGUAUUGAUCGAGAGUUUUGAAGAUUUUGUCAACACUGGUACAUUGAAUUUCCAAGAUAUUUCCUCAGCAUAUUGGCUAUAACAAUGCAAGUAAAAUAAAUAACGAACGGAAUUUAGAAUGAUAACAUCAUGAUAUCAUUAUAAUAGGUUUAAACAUCUAAAGCACUGCUUUAAAUAAUAAAUACACGUUUGGGUAACAUUUACAAAACAUAGGGGUACACGGGUAGGAUAUAAUAAAUAGUCGUUGCAUUUGGACGAAAAAAGAUAAACGUUAAUUAGCUCCAAUGGACUCGCCAAGAGAGGCCGCUCACUCUAUGAUAAAUUAUA